AGAGAGACAGAGAGAAAGGUCUUCCUUUUUGCCGUUGGUUCACCCUCCAAUGGCCGCUGCGGCCGGCACAUCUCGCUGAUCCGAAGCCAGGAGCCAGGUGCUUCUCCUGGUCUCCGAUGAAAGCUGUUUCUGAGGAGAACAAAUGUGAAUCUUAAAAUGCCGCUGCCUGGCGUGAGCCUUCUUCGAGGGGAGGGAAUGCACUUAGCAACCUGUUUUGGUGUUGCUUCCACUUGGUAUUUUUCACUUUAUAGUCCAGUAGGCAUGGAAGUGCUUUGAGUCAUUUUUUCUGAAUGCUAUAAAUACUAUAGAAUUUCUCUUGGAAUGUGACAGUGCUUAGCUUACAAAUUAUAGGAUAAAAAGUAUUCCUUUUAGCAGUUAUAACCAUUAGUUGAAACAGUUUGAUUUGAUUAUUGACCAAGUUCUUUGAUUUCUUUCUGUAAAAAAACAGGAAAGGAUGCUUAGUUACAUGAGCAGGGAGGGUGCGAGUCACAUUGAGUGAAAAAGCAUCCAGUCUUUUUCAGUGACAAACAAGAUGAAUAUCCACGUGCUGCUACCCCAUCCUCACCAGCAUUUCCUAAAAGGCCUUUCCCGAACACCUUUCCAACGUUGCCGCUUCAUCUUUCACGCAAGUACUCCUCUCGCAUCAGGAAUCCCAUGUGCUCAGCCUCUUAAUUCUCUUAGACUCCAUUGUACAAAGUGGAUGCUGCUGUCAAAGGGCUUCCAGAGAAAAUUAUCUGUACAAACAACUUUGAAGGAGCCCGCAGAAGGACUUUCUGAUAAAGAACAAAGAUUGGUGGAUAAACUUUAUACUGGGUUAGUCCAAGGGCAAAGGGCCUGCUUAGCAGAGUCCAUAACUCUCAUAGAAUCCACUCACAGCAGGAAAAAGGAGCUGGCUCAGGUGCUUCUUCAGAAGGUGUUAAUCUAUCACAGAGAACAAGAACAGUUAAAUAAAGGAAAACCACUGGCAUUUCGAGUGGGAUUGUCUGGGCCUCCUGGUGCUGGGAAAUCAACAUUUAUAGAAUACUUUGGAAAAAUGCUUACUGAGAGAGGACACAAAUUAUCUGUGCUAGCUGUGGAUCCUUCGUCUUGCACCAGUGGAGGAUCACUCUUAGGUGAUAAAACCCGAAUGACUGAGUUAUCAAGAGAUAUGAAUGCAUACAUCAGGCCGUCUCCUACUAGAGGCACUUUAGGAGGUGUGACAAGGACCACAAAUGAAGCUAUUCUGUUGUGUGAAGGAGGGGGCUAUGACAUCAUUCUUGUUGAAACUGUAGGUGUGGGUCAGUCAGAGUUUGCUGUUGCUGACAUGGUGGACAUGUUUGUUUUACUACUGCCACCAGCUGGAGGAGAUGAAUUGCAGGGUAUCAAAAGAGGUAUAAUUGAGAUGGCAGACUUGGUAGCAAUAACUAAGUCUGAUGGAGACUUGAUUGCACCAGCUCGAAGGAUACAGGCAGAGUAUGUGAGCGCACUGAAGUUACUCCGCAGGCGCUCGGCAGUCUGGAGACCAAAGGUGGUUCGUAUUUCUGCCAGAAGUGGAGAGGGGAUCACUGAAAUGUGGGAUAAGAUGAAAGAAUUCUGGGACCUAACACUUGCCAGCGGGGAGCUGACUGCCAGGCGACAGAAGCAACAGCAAAUCUGGAUGUGGAGCCUCAUCCAGGAGAGCGUGUUAGAGCACUUCAGGAGCCACCCUGCAGUCCGGGAGAGGAUUCCUGUGCUGGAACAGAAGGUCCUCCGGGGGGCCCUGGCCCCAGGGCUAGCAGCGGAUGUGUUGUUGAAGGCUUUUAAAAGCAGAGACUAAUAAAAUUUCUCCUGUACAAUAAUUUUAUAUAUAUAUAUAUAUAAGUUGAUAGCGUUUUAAUAUUUUAAAAAAUCAUUUUUGUGUUUAUACUUUCCACAAUUCCUUUAUGGUGCUUUGUCAGUCAUACUUGAAAAUGCAAAGGAAAUUGGGUAUGUAUGACAAGAUUAGGCAGUUGGGCAGUGUUUCUGGGCUACCUGUUUCAUGUUACUGAUCUCCAUGUCUUCCUCUUCCUAAGCCCUGCUAUGAUGGCCCUGGGAUGGUGGCUCUCAUCAGUCAGGAGCAUGGGAAGCUGAGGAAGAGAGAAGAGAUCAUGUACCUUAAAAUGCUUGCUUUGAUUCUGAUGCUGUAUCCUCGUUUCUAGAGAAAAUGUAAGACUGAUCACAUUUGGAAGUCUUACUAGAGGCCAGCACAAUACACAGUGGAUUUCAAAAGAAUUGAAAGUCAUGGUUAACACUUAGUGUACCAGACUAUUUUAUGAAUUUCUAAAAUGGCCUUGACUCUUCAUAAUUGCCCUGUAAUACAAUUACCUGCUUUUGCUCAGCUUUUAUGGUUAUUACCCAAGCUGCACUGAAAACAGCAGCUAAUGAACAACGUACACUCUCAUGUAUCCAACCUUUAAUGAGUAAAAGAAAAAGAAAAAUGAAAAAUCAAUAAAAACCAUUCAAACACGGCACUCACCUGGUAGGUUGCCAUAAUAGAAAUCUCUUUAGCUCUUGCUAAAAACUAGUAAACUUCAAGGAGUCCAAGAGGGAAGGAACUUCUGUGACCAAUCUACCUGUGCAGCUGCUGGGGCUUCAAUGCCCCUGAAGCCUCAGACAUCCAGGUGGGGCUUCCUAUAACAGGGCUCCUAAGCCAGACGUUAGGAAACCCCAUAGAAGGCUGGCUUCUUAGCACCCAAGUGGGAAUCUCCCGGUGACACUGUACUUCAGGUAGAACUUCAGAGUGGUGACGGGCACAAAGAUUCAAUGUAGGUGAUGGUAUAUACAAAGCAAAACUAAAGAAUUGAUGAAUUAGUCGAAAUUUUCCUUGAAGGGACUCGUGUAGUGGCAUAGUAGCUAAAGCCACUGCUUACAGCACUGGCAUCCCAUAUAAGCACCAGUUUGAGUCCCAUCUGCUCCGUUCUCACCCAGCUCCCUGCUAAUGUGCCUGGGAGGACAGCAGAAAUUGGCCCAGGUACUUGGGCCCCUGCCACCCACAUUGGAAAACCCGAUAGAGUUCCUGGCUCUCAGCUUCAGUUAUAGGCAUUUGGUGAGGGAACCAGAGAAUGGAAGAUUCAUUCAUUCAUUCUCUCAUUCUCCCUCUCUCUCCCCCUCUCUCCCUCUCUCUCCCCCCUCUCUCUCCCUCUCUCUCCCUCCCUCCUUCCCUCUCCUCCCUCUCUCCUGCCUCUCUUCCUCCCCCCUCCCUUUCUCCCUCUCUCCGGCUUUCUCCUACCCCUCCCAACUUUGUAUUUCAAAUAAAAAUCUUUUUAAAAUUUUUUUUUGUUGGAAAAACAAUCAGACUUGCUAACCUAUUUGGUUUUCUCCACUAUAAUAUUUUGAUUAGUUGGUUAAUAAAUUUAUGAACUUUUUAAAUCCCACUUGGAAUGAAUGUUUAGUAAUAGUUCCUAUCCAAUGAAGCUUAUAUACAUUGGAUUUUUUGGUCAUUCAUUAUACGUUUGAUAGCAAAACUAUUAGACCUGAACAGCACAAAAGCAGUUAAAACAUACUGAAUACUUUUGUUUUUCUCAGAAAAUAUAAAAUGUAGGUGAGGUCAGUCAAUAUAGAUGAAUAUUUACCUGAAAAUUUGAUGUUUAAAGGUAGCCUUGGGACAAUUUAUAGUGCUUGACUGUUUUAGCUUCUUUAUGGAAUGAGGUGAGGGCAUUUCUAAGUCAGUGACCUGUUCCACUCUUAGCAAGUUCAGUUACUCUAAAUUAAUGUUACUUUUAACCAAAACAGAGGAAAUCAUGUAACCUCAUCCUCAAAUCUCUGUAACAUCUACCUGAUCUGUCUUAACGGUGUGGCUAGAAUUCUAUAGUGCAGUAUCUCAGGAUAAGAGUAAGGCCAUGGCUUGGGCUCAUACACCAAAUAUGGUUAAAUAAUCAACUCAAGAAUCAACAUUCGUUUAUGACACCACGUCAGACACCUGUAUCACAUUUUAGAAUACCCAGGUUUGCAUUCCAGCUGUAUUGCUGCUUUAAAAAAAAAAAAAAAAGAUUUAUUUAUUUGAAAGCAGAGUUACAGAGAGAGAGAGAGCUUCCAUCUGCUGGUUCACUCCUGAUGUGGCCUCAGUGCCUGGCACUGGGCCAGGCUGAAGCCAAGAGCCUGGAACUCCAUCUGGGUAGCCCACAUUGGUUGCAGGGGGUGAAGCACUUGGGCCAUCUUCUCCCUUCCCAGGUACAUUAGCUAGGUGGGAAGGGGAGCAGCCAGGACUCAAACCGGCGCUCAUGGGAUGCUAGCCUCACAGGCAGCAGAUUAAUCUGCUACACCAAAUGCCAGUGCCCCAGCUGUCUCUCUGAUUCUACUUUCCAAGGAGGCAGUGGUGAUGGCUCUAAUACUUGGGUCCCUGCUACCCAUGUGGGAAUCUGGAUUGAGUUCCAAGCUCCUGCUUUCAUCCUGGCCCAGCCCUAGCUGCUUCAGGCAUUUGCAGGUGAACCAGUGGAUGGAAGCUGUCUCUCCAUUCCCUUCACCCUUUUUGUCUUUCAAAUAAGUAAACAGAUUUAAGAAAUUUGAAUUCUCUUAUGAAUAAAGUUACAGUAUUUACACCCACAUUUUGCUGUCUCAGACUUCUGUCACUUCAUACAAAAUCUCUGUCCUAUCCCAAAGUAUUUUGGGAAGUCUCAGGGAUUCACAAACAAGUCCACACUCCUGGGCUCAGCUGCUGCCAGGCCUCAGUUGAGCCUGCACAGUUUGUGCUGUUACUGUUCUAUAGGAGAACUCUCCCCUGUUUAGAAGUCCUCAAACUGGGACUAAGUUGCUGCAAUAGUGCUGUGUUCCCGAAACUCAAAAUCCUUGCUUCUUUUCCCAUAGGAGCUAGUCCAUUGUGUUGCAGCAGGGACCAACUACCAUACCAUCUCUCAUUGGCCUUAGCUCUGCUAUCUUCCCUCAGGAUGGACUUACAGGACCUCUGCAGAAAACCUACCGCACACAACCCCACUUUUCAAAAUGUAAGCCCUUCAACCCCUGCCAGUGAUGCCUGGGUAGUGAGCAAUCCUUUCUUUUUUGAUAAAAUCACCUUGUGUUGAAUCCUGAUCUCCCGAUUUUACAGGUUUACGUGAUUUCCAAUUCUGCCAGUAUCCUCUCACAAUGGUAUUACCACCCCCAUUUUAUAGAAAAAGAAAUGGAGCAUCAAGGACAUGAAAAAUGGAACUCACGGUCCUUAAGUGUCAUGCAUCAUACAUGCUAGAUUCAAAGAAUCCAAGUUGCUCAGAGCACUCAAUGAUCUUUAUGUCAUUCUUUCUAUAAUAUAGUUCAGUGAUAGAUACUUGGUUUGUAGUUGCCUUUGCGGUAUAGAGUGGAUAAGGCUUUUGUACAUAAUUCAUAUGGUAAGAUCUCGCUCAGUGUUUAACCUUAAGGCCUUUCUUCUUUAACCUGAUGUCCUAGACUUUGCUCUUUUGGAAAAUGGUGCCUCAAGGUAUUUCUUCCAGUGGACUUUUCUGGCUGUGUUUACAGAUAAUAUUUUAGAUGUUGAAAACAAACAAAAAACCCUAAUACCAACCUCUGUUUUACCCAGGAUUCUUAGCUAGAAAUGACAGAAAUCUUGGCCAGAAAAGAAUGCAGUGACUCAUGUAAUCAUCCAGGGAGAAAGGGAAGAGGGUAGCAAGCUCCACAGAAGAGCGAUAACAGAACUCUCCUGUCCUCUCGCCUUGCUCUGGGUAUUGAUUUCAUUCUCCCAGUUUCCUCCAUGUGGCUGGAAAUGUGACAGCCACCAGCUCUAAAGUCCAGAGGGAUGACACCCCCUGUACCAUAGACUCAAAUCUGGAAGUCUUGAGGAGCCACUCGGAGUGGCCUGCCUCAGAGGUCAUAAGUUUCUGUGGCCAGGGGUGUGGGGUCCUGUGAUUGGAAACACUUGGAAGACCAGGUCCCCAAAAUAAUGGGCUGAUAAUCACAGAAUAAAGAAAGAUGCCACGUGGACUACAUAUCUAGAGCAAUGCUUUAUCUGUUUUUGGGUAAGGUGAUAUAGAUAAGUGUUACCGACAUAUUAAAAG